GUCAAACAUUCAGCGCCAAAGUGUGUUACUAAAGUGGCAAGUGUUAAUCAGUUAAAUUAGAGCUGUAUUUAUAAAAAUAUAUGUACUUAAAAAGGGUUUUUCAUUAGAGCAAUUGUUGUAAAUUGUACUCCGUUCAGCGUACGCUUAAUACGCUAAAAUGGUAUUUCUGGAAAUUAUCUAUUUAAAUCCCAUAUAGCUAUUGCAUUACUAAUGAAGAAUGUUAAACACUGAUGGCCCAAUUAUGGCACAGAAACAUGGAUUUGAGGAAUCUUCUGAGGAUACAAAAGUUCCAUUAUGGCUCGAGGAUAUUACCAAAAAAAUCAAAGAGACGCAUAUAAGAAACAACGUAAGCGAUUGUUCAUCAACAUUCGAUUUUACUCGACCUAAUUAUGGCAAUACUAAAAUUGAAAAUCACAGAUUGUUAAGGCGAACUUCGUUAGAUACAACAGUUGAUAUGAUUUUGAAAUCACAAAAGCAUCAAAACGCACAUUCAGCGGACGCUUUGCGGAGUAAUCGAAAUAAUGGUUUCAUUCAUAACGGGCGAAGAAAACCAAAUGUUAACGGCAAACUUGAAUGGAGUGAUAAUGCAAACGGUGCAACAAAUGAUUUUCUCUCGGAUCUCCUUCCUCAUUACGUGACGCCAAGGCACAGGGCGUUGAACAGUACUUUCGAUGAUGAUUUUAAUGAUGUAAUUUUAGGAUCACAUUUUGUGGAGAGUAGUCGAAAGAAUAAUAAACUUGUAUCAAGGGAAUCAUCAAAUUCGUCAAAACCCACAUAUAAACCGCCUUCAAUCAACGGAAAUCUGAAAAAACCUACGACAAACUCGAGUAAGAACUCUCAACAAGAGAGACUUAAAAGUGAAUUUGUUAUACCAGAACUACCCGAAGGGAGAUUGCUGGAAAUUAAAAUAUAUUCAAAUUGGGGUGACAAGUUCCUAGUCGGUUUGAAUGGCGUGGAAAUGUUUGAUUCAAAUGGUCAUCAGGUUGAUAUUGAAAAGGUCUGGACAGAUUCAGACACAGGAGAUCAUUCCAAGUACGGUCGCUUAGAAAACAUAGUGGACGGCGUUUGUCGAACCAGAGAUGACAACCACGCUUGGAGCGCGUCCGUGCCGCGAGCGCUGCCCAUUGCUGUUACUGUAUUGUUGGCUACUUGCACUAAACUAGCUCUAUUAAGGAUAUGGAAUUACAACAAAUCACGUAUCUAUUCGAGCCGUGGAGUACGCUUAGUUCAAAUCAAACUGGAUGACCAAAUUAUUUUCCACGGUGAAAUCGCUCGAGCUAGUGGAGAACUUAAAGGGUCCAUGCAAUCUUUUGGAGACACCAUUCUCUUCACCAAGGAUUCUAACAUACUCGAGUCCAUAUUGGCUAAUGAUAAGAAUUUUCAAGCACUGCUAAAGGACAAUGAACCAUUGACUGAUCCUUUGAAUAUCGAGAAACGUCCUCCAACAGCCAAUGCCAGUAAAAACAAUUCGAGUCCCACAAUAGAAGGGGAUUUGGGAAUUAGCGAUCACGUAAUUAAAUAUGUUGUACAGAAUAUAACGCUGACAUUGAUGUCUAAUUGGGGACAGAAGCAUCGAAUUGGAUUGACGGGUAUAGAUGUAUUAUGCAAUGACAAAUCCAUGGAAGUGAUACGCGCACACGCCUAUUUAUCUGAUAUAAAUGAUGAUCAAAGUCCCACCAGUCAUAUAGAAUGCAAAAGUUUAUUUAACGGUAACAACAUCACAACCAAAGUUGACGACAUGUGGUGCACGAACUUUGUCCCGGGAAAAAGAUUCUGUCACAUAGUCAUAGAGUUUGUAGAGCCAACAGAAAUUACGAGUAUCCGCAUAUGGAACUACAAUGAGAACAUGGAUAUGUCGUACAUAGGCGCGAAACACAUUCGCAUAUCGCUCGAUGAGGAGCCACUAAACCAGGAGGCGAUCUUACUGCGACGAGCGCCGGGCGAUACUUGCUAUGACUAUGUGCAGCAUCUAGAACUGGCUUCACUAGACGAUAGGUUAAAUUGUCAUCAAACAUCCAGCACAACACCAGAAUGGUUAUACGGCACAUUGGAACUGAAAGUACCGACGGGCUUCGUAUUGCAGAUCAGUAUUUAUUCUACAUGGGGUGACCCUUACUAUGUGGGCCUUACUGGCGUCGAGCUGUACGAUCUCCAUGGAAAUAUGAUCGACGUUUCGGAGUCGAAUGUGUGCGCGCAGCCGGCGAGUGUGAAUGUACUGGAGAGUCGCUCCCGCGUCCGCGACGUGCGCACGCCCGCCCGGCUGGUGGACGGACACAACUCGCGCGCGUCGCACGCUCACCACUCGUGGCUUGCGCCGAUACUACCGAACACACUUAACAGGGUAUUUUUCGUGUUCGACACUCCAGUGUCAGUGUACGGUAUGAAGAUUUGGAACUACGGAAAAACUCCUAUAAGAGGUGUCAAGGAAUUUGGGGUGUUGAUGGAUGACUUGUUGGUGUACACGGGCUCCCUGGACAUGGCGAAGGGCGAAGAGUUGGCGCCGCAGUGGAUAUGCCUGCAGGACGCCGAUGUUGACAACCUGUCACCCAGUCCAUCAGACGCGAGUCGCAGCACGACCAGCGGCAGCGUCGCCGACCCCGCCGCCAGACCCCACACUGCAGUGCAUGGAUUCAGCUUCAAGAGCGACCCCCCACACUGAUAACUGGAUUUUACGAAAAAAAGAACGUAUAAAUAUAAUACCUACCAACUAUGAUAACUUUUUUUAGAAUUUAAACUAUCGUGAGUGUUAUCCAUAUUAAUUUAUUAUGAAAAACAGCUAAAACUAAAGUUGCAAACUAUAUAACUAAAGUAAGGGUUUCGAAACUAGUACGACAAUGUGUAACGUGAGUUGUAGCCAUGUUUAAUGAGAAAUUAAUAUGAUCUAACUUUUAAUAAAUUGAUUUACCUAAUUUUCUUGAUCCUGUCUCGAUCUAAAGAAUUAUCUAAAUUAAAUUUUGGAAUAAUUGCUGGUUUCAGUAAUGUUAGUCGCUACUAUAUUAAAUUGAAAAAAUAAUAUCUUGACUAAAAAUCGUAAAAAAAGCGUUACAAACAUGAAAAAUUACUUAUCAAUUCUUUCGUAACGUUUGCGUUUAUCGUAACGUUAUUAUUGUAGCGAAUAGCGAUGGUGUCUUGUCACAAAGAGAAAUGCGUUUGUCCCAAUAAGAAUUUAAAUUAGUAAGUAAACGGAAAGUUUCAAUAUGACGUUACCUAUUUAAUUUUACGAAAAAUUAUAGUUUAAAAAAAGACGUAAAAAAUAAUUUAUAUAAAAAAGUAGACAAUUCCGAACUUUUUAGUCUAAAACAUCUUUUCAUUAUUAUUAACUUAUCCUCAUAAAGCGAAUCAUUUAUGCAAUAUAAGACAGGGAAAAGUCAUCUCUAAUAGCUGUCGUAGAAAAAGUAUUGUAUGCCACUGCACGUAAUUAGCCAUUGUAACACUCGUAUUCAAGUUACAAUGGCACUCAUUACUUAGCACUGGCAUAUAAAUUACUAUCAUUUCUCACCUGUUGUACAACAGAAAAUAAUUGCAAAAUGCUAAUCAGUAGACUGCACCAGCGCCAAAUAUGCCGUUAUUUUUUAAUAGUUCUUGUCUUUUAGCAAUGUUGAUGUUAAUGAUUGUUUAUACUAAAGUUAAAAUAAAUGUUUACUUAGUAUCAUGAUUACUUACUUUAUAGUGUUUAGUCCACGUAAAUCAUUGUUGUUUAAUAUUAAUAAUAAAUUAAGAAUCUUGUCACUGUCGAUAGUAAUUUUGUACCAAAAAAAUAAAUGGAUUUUUGUAUGAAAACGAUCUUUUUUUUUU